CCUCUGUCCGCAAUAUUCCAGAAGCCCUCACUGCCCCAAAUCACCCAAACACGUCUAAGAUGGCGACUCCUCCCAACUCCCCAUUGAAAGUGAUCGAAUCGAGACAGGAACCAGAACUCGACAAGAAUGCCGUAUUUGCCUCCAAGGAACUGUUCGAUAAAACAGCCACGAGGCUCCAAGCAUCGAAGAAAGCAGGGGUGUGGUCCGAUCCAAAGAUUGACGGAAGCCUCGCAGUGAACCUGAACAACGAGCUGGAUAUUCCCACCUACAUCCCCAUGGCCCACUAUAUCGCAGGAAACUGGCUCGGCAAUGGAGAAGAAGCGGCAGCCCCGGUGGAGCCGAACGUGAGCAUCGCGGUGCCAGCGACCAGCCUCAAGCUUGCGAAAGCGAUCGAGUUAAUGCACCAUUCGAUGCCCGCCAGUGAAAUCCGCAAUUGCUUCCCGAAGCAUGUUACUAAGUUUGGCAAGAGGGAUACUGUGUUUGCGUUCUACGAGACUAAGCUAAAGGAGCACGCAUCCGCAAUCACCCGUGCGACGUUAGAGCGUGGGUUCCUCCUGUCUUGCUCUGUCAUUGACAUCGCGAUGAACUCCGGAGAUUUUUUUCAGCAGAUGCAACACGAAGAUGAGCUGCACCGCAUCAGUACUAUCAAUCAGUACAUUCGGCCGGAGCACAUUCACUUCAUGUUCUCUGACCAAUUUAAGGCGGUCUCUUACAACUUUGUGUUCCAUAAUGCUGUACGCGCCAACCUGCAGGAAGAGGAAUUGCGGAUAGACCUCCGUAAAUAUCUUAGAUUUACGACCUGUCAUAUCAUAUAUGACUUCCUCCGAUUUGUUAUCUCUGUGAAGGAAGGAGACGACAAGGAUUUCAUUGAUAAGAACGGGAUUGGGCGUAUGUUCGUGCGAAAUAAUUACUAUAUUAUGCCUGGUGGAGGGCCAGCUGGUGAGGUUUCCAAGAACUUGAAACGACUUCCGGCAGCCGACGGUUUCGACACACACUCUCGAACGAGAUCAAUUGGUGGGACCACCACUGUCAAGAAGACAGGAUGGGACGCAUCUAAUUACGCCUGAUAGACUUAUGGAGUCGCCCGGUGGAAGGAC